AGUAAAAAAUAUAAUGCAUAGGGCCUUUUAUGAAGUUCGACUCAGGCUCGAGUUUAGGUAGGAUCGGCACUGGCCGACAUCCUUGGCCCGGGCCGAAGGGUCUCUGAAAAAAGCAAGUUGGUAUGCUAGGAGUUGGAGUUGUCUCAGGAACGAGGGGUGUGUAGGGUAUGACCUAAGAGAUGACGGUGGAUUGCGAGUCUCCGGCCGACGAAAGACCCAACAUAAGAGAGAUGGGUUCGGUAGUGAUAAUGGGCGGUCCCGUCAUCGUCGGAGUGGAACCCAAUUCUAACCUCGUAACGGCGGGCAUGACGCCAUUUCUCCGGCUACCUCUCGAAUUAGAGGCGAUUGAUACUGCCAACUGGACUUGGGACUGGAGUAGAUCAUUCUCCCGUUUAAGAUGGGCCAUCUGUUCCGCCACCUCUCUUCGGAUUUCUUCUUUUGGCGCUUCUAACUGCACAUGGAACUCAAUCAACAAAGGAUUGUCUCCGGCCAUGCUUGAUGAUCUUUCUCUUGCACGAUACCUAACGGUGGGUGCCAAAUUGUUUGAGCAAUGAUUAAACUAAUCUACAAUUAUAUGCAAAAUGAAUCGUACAAGAAACAAAAGAUAUAAACUUGGGAUUAAGGAGUUCAGAAUAUAGAUCACAAUAGAUGAACAUGAAAAUCUUGGUUUGUGUAUAAUAAUAAUAGAAUUAGUU